ACGUUCAGUCUCAAAAAGAAAAUUUUUACAAAAAUGACUUCUGGCUAUUUGAGUACGUAUCAAAUACCGCUAAUUACAACAACAGACAAGCAACAUAGGCACGUCUGCGAGCCGGUGUCGGUUAAGAUUACAUCGCAUCCGGCAACAAGAAUGGCCCCGAAUCGUUAUUACAGUGCCGCAAAAAUAGUGCAUGGUGAUCAGCCCGUUAUGAUGAAUAAUAUGGUGCAUCCAUCGGCAAUUGCAUCACAUCAGCGCAAACUGAAGAGGAAAAUGUACGAAACCGUGGAGAUCGAGGGCAAUAAUUUGGUGCUGUUUCAGGGCCGCGACGAAAGCUAUCCGGACGAGUUGAACAAGCUGAUCCAUCCGUUGUCCUGUCAAUUGUGCAAGGCGCAGAUGACCUCGAUGAAGAGCGCCAAGGACCAUUACGAGUCCAAGGCCCACGACCGUCACAUCAGCGCCUGGCUGGCCAAGAACUACACCGAAAUGGGCCUGGAGACACCACCCAUUAAACGUCUUGUCAAACAAGGCCCCACCGGGCCGAAUGCAUUCCACUGCAAUCUGUGCGAUCUUCCUCUGACCUCGAUGACCCAUGCCCGCCAGCACUAUGCUGGCCGCAAGCACCAGCUGGUCGUUCAGAAGCGCUCGAAGCCAUCGGGCGCCGGCUACUACAAUUCGGAUGGCAACUGGGUGCGCACUGGCACCAAGGCAGAGGUCAUGGUUGAUGACGGCCGCUACGGCAUUGGUGAGAUGUUCUUGAGAGGGACCGGUGGAGGUGAUAUGCAUGAUAUUGCCAGUGAUAUGAUGGACAGCGCCGAGGAGCAGCGGCACCACUUCAACGCUGUCGAUGAGAGCCUUACCUGUAAAAUCUGCAACAUCAGCGUCACAUCAGCAUCCCAAAUCAAGAUGCAUCUCGAUGGAGCCAAACACCAAAAGAAACUGCGCGCUCAAAACCUCGAAGGGGAUCCGAACGCCCAGGAGCUGCUCAAGGAACAGCAGCAGUCGAUAGCAGCCGCAUCUAUUAUUGAUAUAAAUGGCGAUCUCUCCAUGUAUCGUACCCCUUCCGGGUCGUAUUACUGCAAGCUGUGCAACAAGGCGAUGAAUCAUAUAUCCAUUCUGCAGCAACACUUGCAGGGCAAGAAGCAUCUCAAGACUGUGCGCCUGCAGGCCGAGGAGAUGGUCUCCCCCCAAUAAGCAUUAAGUUCAGAUUAGCUAUAGGCCCAUAUAU